AUGGCCCAAAACGCCACAGAAAACAGCAGUGACGAAUUUCUGGUCUUUCCAAGCUUUCAGCCCGAUGUUGCAUUCUUAAAGAAGCUGGAAAGACGAGCCCCCAUUGACAAGGAUCCUACACGCGGUCCACAGCUCAAGAUGAUUCCUGCUACGCCGCCAGAUGGUAGCCCUCCAGCUACCGAUGUGCCGUUCGAUCCUAACACGGACGAGCUGUAUCGGCUGGAUGACAGUUCUGGCGUGAAUCAGUGGAUCUACAUCAUCAACACGGGUUUCGACACCAGCAUUCCCGAUUUGCAAGCAAAUGGGCGGGAGGUCACUACCUUCGUUGUGCCGCCAUCUUUCACACUUUCGGAGAGCAUACCCAUCGACCGCCGCGGACCAACAGACAUAAGCGAUAUCGGUGAUCGAGACGCAUCGACCAACACUUUCCGUGGCCACGGCACAGGAGUGGCGAGUGCCGCAGGUGGUCUCGAGUACGGUGUUACACCACGAGCUAAUCUACACCUCAUCAAGGGCAAAGGCAGCUUCUGCCAGCCGCGAGGCGAAGGCUUGACAAGUCAUGUUGCCGCUGGCUACACACACCAAGCUAUUGAACGGGCGUUCGGCCACAUUCAAGGUCACUACUUUGGCUUGAGGACAAACAACGGCGUCACACGCGCUGUCAUCAAUCUUUCAUGGGGUAUCGCCAGACAAGACGGAGCACGCGAGGUUAACAGAGAUAGCGAGCUGGGUAGGCUCUUCGACAAGUUCUUGAGCUGGGCGGUCGACAAUGACAUCGUUGUCGUCUGCGCAGCUGGAAACUUUGGUAGAUCGGCUGAGCAGCAAGUUCUCGGUGACUUCUUGCCGCAAAGACUUGCUUCGGCGGGCAACAAUGCGCUUAUCACAGUCGGUGCCGUGACGGGACAAGGAGCUCUGUGGGACCAGACUACACCACCAGGGCCAAGUCGCCGAGAUUACGGAGAGCCUACCCUUACUGGACAACAUGACAUCUUUGCCAUGGGAGACAACACCAUCAGAUACCAAGGCCUCGGCGGACAGGAAAAGGGCAGUGGAGAAGGCGAAUUUGGUACUUCGAUUGCUGCCCCUCAAGUCGCCGCUACCAUCGCCUACCUCUUCCAGCAUCCCGUGAACGGUCUCACCUAG